UUACACUUGUUUGAACAAAACUAAUUACUUUCAGGUGUAUGUUUAGGGACUGUGUGCACCUUGUGUUUGCUGGGCAGUAGGCACUGGUGUGUGUGUGUGUGUGUGUGUAUAAGCUUUGGAACAUCUAAGGAUCACACCCCCAUGACAGCCCGGCUCUAGGGGCUGGCCCUCAGCGAAGUACGACCGUAUAAGACUCUCCCCCUGCCUGGAUUUGCCAGACGACGCAGUCACUCACAUCAUCCCCCAGCAGAAACCACCAGGACCACGAGACAUUCGGACAUGAACUUAGUCAGGGGUGCUGCCCGGGAGGCCAAGGUGGACAAGCUCACUGAGGGAUUCUCCAAGGUCAAGGGAGGCGUCGUGGAUGCUGCAGAGAAGACCAAGGCAGGAGUGGAGGAGGCGGGCUCCAAGAUCAAAGAGGGGGUCCUCUAUGUAGGAUCGAAGACAAAGGAAGGAGUGGUAUCAAGUGUGAAUUCAUUGACUAACUGGGCCACCGAGCAAGCUGGCAUAGUGGGAGACACGGUGGUUGAAGGAGCCGAUGACAUCUCCCAGCAAACAAUGACGGAAGUAGAGAACAUGGUGGCAUCGACUGGCCUGGUUAACCCGCCGAGUCACGGUGAAGCUCCUCCUCAGAAUGUGGGGCCACGGCGCGAGCCGGCUAGUUUCACCUCAGUCUCGCGUAAGAGUGACUUUUCUCAGGGAGAGGGCGCUGUAGAGCCCCCUGCUGUUGAGGAGGGUAACUUUUCCCCAGAAGAGGGCGCCGUAGAGCAGAGGGGUGAUGAGGGUGACUUUUCUCAGGGAGAGGGCGCUGUAGAGCAGGGGGGUGAUGAGGGUGGAGAGGGCGCCAUAGAGCAGGGGGGCGAUGAGGGUGACAUUUCUCAAGGAGACGGCGCCGCAGAGCCGGGGAGCGAUGAGUGAUGGUAAUCCUAUGGCUGAGGACAAGCAACACCCAGCCCCAUCUCUCAGCACCACUGUCCACCACUGAGACACAAACUUUUACCAACAUUUUUUUUGUGACCGAGAAUCAGAGAGACCAUCCCAGCCCCGUAGACCCGUAACCCUGCCCACUCCCUCAUCCAGUGUUAGUAUCUUACGUAUCGUGUUGUCGUCGCUCACACACUUUGACCCCGUCGCCUUGGCAGCGGUCUCCUCACACGUACGCACGCACAAACAAACACAAACAAGCGCCCCACAGUCCAUCUCCUGUCUUAGACUGGGGGCCUAAAUGCUACAUUCCAGUCCGCAGUAGAGAGAACUGGGCGGUUCCUAUACAUCCAGUGGGGCCCCUUCUAUUCUUCAUCUUGGACGUGUACCGUUGUGCUGGACAUCUUCCUGCUUAUCUUAUUAGCAUUAGUGUGACAUUCCCUGUGCAUUUGUGCAUAUAAUUCAUACUCAUUAGCCUCAGAUAAGGUUAGUAGGUUGAGGCCCAGCUGUCUGGAUUGUUUUUUUGGAACCAAAAGAAAACAAAGAGCAUUAUGCAACAUCACAUGUGUGGUGUUGGGAGUAAGAUUUACCAUUUGGGGGGGUAAUUAUGCCUCAGCAGUUCGAUCCUUCACCCCACCGCCCACCAUCUAUGUUCCGUCAUAAGGGACACACGCAUGCGGCACCCCACGGCCAUGGAGAACACGCUAAACCUCACGCACAGCAACACGCCCACACUCACACACCCGCCGUGUGUACAUCGGCAUCCAGGCUGAUUUUAUAAACAAUACCAGUUAAUUAAAGAUCAUUUUCUUGAAACCCAGAA